AUGAGUCUUGAACCUGAUUAUCCUAAAUUCAAUGUUCACACGACACCACAUAAACAGGAUGUUCAAACUCCCCAUAGGCAGGAUAAACAAUUCCAAUCCAGAAUCAGAUCGCAAUCGACAUCCUCUUCUUCUUCAACACCAACGUCGACAAAUAAAUUAAGUAGAGCUAAUUCAGUAAGAUCAAAAGGUCUUAACAUAUUUGCCGUCUCCCCUAUUCCACCAACUAUCAAAACACCAUCAAUUACGCAACCGAAUAUUGCCCCAGUUUGUUCUCAUCCCCAAACUAGCCUUCCUGAUAGAGGAGAUACACGAAAUACGAACGAUUUGAAAUAUGAAGUUGAGUUGCCUCCUAUGGGCCAACUUAUGGCCAUGGAUGUUGAUCAACAAUUGAGAUUCUUGGCGCUUAAAGAAAUGUGUAUUGUUGAGAUUAAAGACAGGAUCCAAUCAUUGAAUAAUAAGUUAUCUACUCAUGAGAAUGAACUACAUCGCCUACGAAAAGUGGUUCAACGAUCUUUGUAUGCAGAGGUGAAUGGAACAGCUAAUCGACAAUCAAAGUCUACACCUCAGCGCCAUACUAAUAGUGCUGACGACACAUUGAGAACGCCUUCUCCUAAACAACUAAGACAGCUGGAGAAUAGCGUGAUGCAGAACUCAUCAUCUGCAAUAUUGAAUGGUCUCAGCAAACCUCUAAAUAUGCUACAACAACUAGAUAAUAUAAUACUGGAUGGAUUUGAAAAAUCAUUAUUGUCAGAUAAAGAAAAUUAUACCUAUAAACAACGUACACAUAGAUCCCGACCAUCACAGGAUUCUACGUCGUCAAGUGGCUCAAGUUCUUCGCCAUUAAAACUGAGAUCCAAUAGAUUACCAAGAAAUCCACAAGAGAACCCGAGCCCUAGUGAAUUAUGGGAUAUAAAGCAGUCAACUGAUGAUAUGCUCCAAACUGUCACUGAUUCUAUGUGGUCUUUGUUCAAUGAUGUAAAGACAAACGUACUAGCUUCAUUGACUGAAGAGUUUGGAACUGAUUCGAAUGCCGAGAUAUCUCGGCCGUCUACAAUGCAUAGUCAUCUGGAGGUCCAGCCAAAUAGGUCCAAAACGCAGAUCACAAGUAAGAAAGAAUCACCAGCGUCGGCUAUUGACACGGUUAAAACCAAAGAAGUUCUUCCUCAAUAUGAUGAUUUUGACGAGGAUGAUUUUCUUGAACCAGUGUUGAGCGAUAAUGAUGAAGAUGUGGAUCAUACACUUGAUUUAUCAAUCUAUAAGAAUUAG